CUAUUAACUGAUGCAUUUUGAAAAAAAACUUGUUUUCCCAUGACAGUAGACCACACUGAGGUAGACCACAGUAACUGGAAAUAACCCAAUGAUUAAACAUUUUAAUUUAAUCAAAUGACACAUGAUUAGGCAAAUGGAAAUUGAAUUACAAACUAAGAUAUUUAUUAGGAUUGCAAGUUAGACCUAAUUUGCCAGUUGUAAACUUUGCAUCUAGCCAAAUAAAAGCCACGGUCUGUUUUUUUUGUGUCACAAAGACGAAGCCUCACUAAGAUCAGUUGUCGACCGCCUCAGCUUAGUGACAUAUAGCAUCACUAUAUAUUUUACUUACCUAACAUACAUCUUAGCCCCUUUAGUUUAUAACAGUUCACAUCACAUUCAGAAUUCUAUAGUUAGUCGACAUAGAAUGUGUAAAAUUACAUUAGACAUUGGUGUCCCAUGAUAUGAAAUCACUAUCCAUAUGCAUUCCUAUAAAAGAAGUAAUUGAGACUAUGGGAAAGCCUAUAAAGAGAUACCACCAUAGAUAUACAAAUGUAUCUCAACCCAUACCUACUUCAAGUCAUAAGUGUAACUUUUACAGGCAAAAACAAGGGUUCGCCAGUAUCUCCCAUUAUGGUUAUCCUUUACAUGAAGGACAAAGAAAGGAAAACCUUAAACAUAUUCAAGGGAUCUGCAUCUAGUCACAGGUUCAGAUAUGUAAAUGACAAUUUUGUCAAAUAUUUGAAGGACGAGUUCAGAAUAUAGGAAAGAGAAUGAACUGGCCUAUUUGGACAGUGAGAGACAGCAACCUGAAAAAUUAAGUAUUAAUGAACCCUAUUCAUAUUGAUCAAUAUGUUCUGUAGGUCAGACUGGCCCAGCGGGACGCCGGGAAAAAAUACGGUAGGCCCCUGGUUCUUACGGGCCUUCCCGGCCCAGACACACGCAACAACAAUCCUUCCUGCCAGGGCUGCCCAGAAAAUACAGGGGUGGCCUGGCGGGUCUGAAGGGGGGCCCUGUACAGCAGCCCCGGGGGUCUCUGGGCCCCCAAGUCCGACCCUGGUUCUGUUUGACUCCUACCAACCACUGCAAUAUAAACAGGGAUUAUCUGAAACUGGGGUAAACCACACAUUAACAUAUUUUAAAAAUCACUCUUUUCUUGUCAGAUCUGCACCAUUCUGACAGCACUAGUUUUUCCUAGUUCAUGAACCAGGGUUCUUUGCUCUGGAGGAAACAUGGUAUGAUUACUCUUUACAAAUGCAUUACAGGACAGUAUAGAAAGAUAGAAGGUGGAUCAUUUUCAUAUUAACAUUAACGAGAUUGCAACAAUAAUAAGCUGCAAAAAUUAUACCACCCCUUUAGACUUGAGGAACUGAACUCUCACUUGAAGCAGAGCAAAUGGUUCGUCAUGGUGAAGGCAGUGUGGUUGUGGAAUGUCAUGCGGGAUUAUUUUUUGACAUAUCCUGGACUUCACUUCUCAUGAGCUAUGUGUGUAUAAAUACAGUAUGUGCUGGGAAUCAUUUGGAGGUGCUGAACAUGAUGGAAUACUAUCCUUUUUGGAAACAAAUAACUGUGUCAUUAUAUUUCAUUAAGUUUUCCUAAAAUACAAAUCUAGCUGAAAUAUUAUUAUUACUAUUAUAAUAAAAGCUACUUAACUUGUACCAAAAAGUUAGCUGCUGUAAUUCUAAUUCUACCAAGGUUUGACUGGGGGUGAAUACUUGUGAAAACUGUAAAUGCCUGCUUUUUUUUGUUUGAUGAAACUUUGUGUCAGGUUGUAUAAAAUGUGGACAAUUCAAAUGGAUGGGGUGGGAAUAUAUAUGCAAAGCACUGCAUUACCAGCUUUAUAGUGUGCUUGUCUGUUUUAGUUAGCAAACACAGGAAAGGAAAUAACUGCUUUUACAUAAUCUUCAUUACUUAAAUUAGAAAAACCCUUUUCUUGUGAUAAGCUGAGAUCCUGAAACGGAUUUCAUGGUACAGGAAGUGUCAACAUUUCUAAUCUCUUAAAAAUGUCUCAAACCACCCUCGUCAAAAGAUACAUUUCUGAAGAAUGACUCGAUCGAGAGUGAACUAAACACGGUCAAUAACAUACAGUAGCUCCUCAAGAGUGAUCUGACCAAAACAGUUGCUGCUCCAUCGGGGUAAAAAUUGUAUUUUUAUCAACAUUUGCAACAUGUCUCGAGGAGGAACAACGUUUUCCUUUCUGAUGAUUGUUUGUUAUUUAAGAACAGUUAACAGUCAAGCCACAAAAUGUGCAGUUGAUGAGGAGCAUUACGUCCUGCAAUGUCUGUGGAGAAAGCCUGCAUUAGUUGACAACAUGCUGAAAAAUAAUGAAAGCUCUAUCUCCUGGCACAGAGUCCAAUCAGACACGGAUGUUAAGAUAACUGCAGACAACACUUCCAGGAUUGUUUCAAAAGGGCAUAAACUUCAGUUCUGGCCAGUAUAUCUUAAUGAUUCUGGAGAUUAUUAUUGCUUAAUCCAAAAUAUAGAAUCCAGAACAAUAAGAGUGAAAGUGGUGGAGAAAAGUGAAAAGCAAUGUAAUACUCCUUGCAGCGACAGUAAGAAAACAAGCAUGGGUAGGCAUGUAGUAGUCAAUUUCUUACCAUUUGAACGCUACAAGGAUAGUGGAACUAACUACUCUAUUUUCGUAUAUAAGAAUUGUGAUCUAUAUGCAUUCAAUGUCAGUCAAAUAUCAUUUGAUGCUGUUCAGAAGUCUGAUGAAGCAAGUUAUACAUUUGUUCUUACAAUUCCUCAUAACGGAAGAACCUACAGCAUCUCUCGGAGGAUAAAUCUAACCGUUGCUGUGCCAAAAGAAAACAUAAAACCAUAUUUGAAGGGUAUUGGGAAUGUAACAACUACUGAUAUUGAACUUGGUACAAAUAUCACUCUGCAAUGUGAAGCAUUUCUUGGGUACAAUGACAGGCCCUUUGACGUGUCUAUAUUCUGGCUACAACUGAACAGCAGUAAAACGGAAAGUAAGCAGAAGGAACAAUAUGACUUUUUGGAAUAUUGCAGUAAUAAAACAUACAAAAAAUGUUAUACUCCCCAGAAAAAAGUGUAUGCAGAUGGAAGUUUUAGUGUCAUCACUGUGCUACAUAUAAUAAGUGCAAAUGAAUAUGAUGUUAAAAAUCACUAUAAAUGUAAAAUGGACACCACAACUGGAGGGGAAUCCAGAGUAUUUAGUCUCAGAAUCAAAGAGAAACCUCAAGAUAUAUCAAGGGGCGAUUUUACAAAGUCUAUAGUUGCAGCAGUUCUAAGUUCACUUUGCAUUCUUUUGCUUGCUCUUUUGUGUGUUAAGUUUAGAAUAGAUAUAGUUUUAAUAUGGCGAACCCUACAAGGAAAAGAUGAGACCAAUGGGGAUGGAAAGCAGUAUGAUGCGUACUUAUCAUUUAUGAGCAAUCCAGCUGCUGAGGAUGAAGAAGAAAUGGAAUUUGCCACUAAAACUCUCCCCACGGCUUUAGAAAAUAUCUUUGGUUAUAAAUUGUGCAUUUUCGAAAGAGAUGUUAUUCCUGGAGGAGUUAAGGUUGAUGACAUACACUCAUUUCUUGACAAAAGCAGAAGACUUAUCAUACUCUUCAGCAGAAACUACAUUGCUGAUAAUGCUUUAUACGAACUUGAGGCUGGACUGCACAAGGCAAUGGUAGAACGAGAGAUCAAAGUUAUUUUAAUUGAAUGUACUCCUUUACACGAACUGAAUGUUGUUCCAGAGUCCCUGCACUUACUCAAAACAAGCAACACUGUCAAAUGGAAAGGCAACAAGUCUCGCCCUUUGAAUUCUAGAUUUUGGAAGAAAAUUCAGUACUUGAUGCCAGCAAAGCCUAUUAAUCAUCAAAUGUUGUUGAAUGGUUAAAGGAAGGCUAUCCUUAAUAACUAGUACAGUUCAGCAGGGAUGAUAUUAUUACUCUGAUUUUUUUUAAAUGUUCUCUUUUAAUAUAAACUGUCCCAGUGUAUAUAUAGUAUUGUGAGGCAGAAAAAGUACUUCUAACUCUAGCUGCUUCACAAGAACAGUCCACAGGUCCAUGGAAAACGUUUCCUCCUGAUGCCAUGUUUCUAUUGGGCUGGUUACCAUUGUUUGGUGAAACAUAAAGGGUGGUAUAAUAAAUAGUCUUAAGGUUGCUACUUGUCUUCUAACACUUCAGCAUCUGAUGGUUUUAAAACAAGCAUUUGAUUGGCAACUAUGGGUUACUAGAUUUGGCAAAAACAUAAGAGUUAUUAGUACAUUACCCUAACUUUCAGCUACUGCAUAUUGUAUCCUGACUGCUUGGGGAUAAUGAUAAAGUUGUAUACUUUUUUUUUCUUUUACUGCUUGUGGUUACAAAUAAAGCUCAUACCAAAUUAUGGUCAGAAUCAUGUGUUCACAAGAAAAUAGCCAGGGGUAAAGAAAUCAACCAAAAGUGACCUGUAUUCAAUAGGUAAAGUGUAAAGGUGCUACCGAUGUGCUAAUAAAAAGUUCUAAAGUUAUA